GAAAAGGGUUAUCAAGAAAAUUAGCCAUGAAAAAGGUUGUUGAUGAAUAGGUGAUGAUUCUAUUAUUGCCUUGUUCGUGAGAAAAUGAAAAGGCUGAUGUUGAUGAAAGAGAAGUCUCUUUUGCCCAAUUUGACUUCAACUAAAAGUUUUUGGGAUGAGAGUUCAAUCCUAUUGAUCAGUCCUUUUUUUUCCAUUUCAAUAAAUCCUCAGAUAAAGCUGAAAUGUCUAUUUUCUGAGAUUCAAUUGCAGAAUUCUCCCAGAGUGUCUUUGGUUCCACAAAUUUUCACCCACAACAUUGAUUAAUAUUGAUUCGUUUCCCAAGGCCAAUUAAGGUACCCACUACUUCUAGUCUGGUCUCUUUCUAUCUUCCUUGUCUCUUCAGAUUUCUGAUUCCAUUUUAUCUUUCCUUUUUGCUCCCUUCUCCUCUCUCUCUUUCUCUCUCUUUUAAAUUUGUACCCUUUCUUUUCUAUCCAGCUAUCUUUCUGACUCUCUCUCUUUUUUCCUCUUUGUCCAUGAUGCAAUUCACUGAAACCCCACCACCACCCUUGCACCAAAUCACUGCUCCAUUCUCAAACCCCAACAUGAACAAGAACCAAACCCAAAGGACUCGUCCCUGGCCUGGAUUUCCUACAUCAAAGGCCUUAGGCAGCUUUGGUGAUGCGAAUUGCAUGGAGCAGCUUUUGGUCCACUGUGCAAACGCAAUUGAAAGCAAUGAUGCCACUUUAGCUCAACAGAUCCUUUGGGUCCUAAACAACAUUGCACCCCCAGAUGGUGACUCAAAUCAGCGCUUAACAUGUGCUUUCCUUAGAGCCCUCAUUGCACGUGCAGCCAAGAGCGGUACUUGCAAACUCCUCGCUGCAAUGGCUAAUGCUCACUGCACUCUCGCUAUAGAUACCCAUAAAUUCUCUGUCAUUGAGCUUGCUGGGUUUGUGGACCUAACCCCAUGGCAUCGCUUCGGUUUCACUGCUGCUAAUGCUGCUAUAUUAGAAGCCAUUGAAGGGUAUUCGUCUGUUCAUAUUGUGGAUUUAAGCAUGACUCAUUGCAUGCAAAUCCCUACUCUUAUCGAUGCUAUAGCGAAUCGCUUCGAGGUAACCCCAUUGAUAAAGCUCACAGUUGCUGGUGCCACUGAAGAUAUACCACCGAUGCUUGAUCUUUCUUAUGAAGAGUUGGGCUCAAAGUUGAUAAACUUCGCAAGGUCACGCAAUGUAAUAAUGGAAUUUAGAGUCGUUCCAUCGAGUUACACCGAUGGAUUCUCUUCCUUAAUCGAGCAUCUGAGGGUGCAGAAUAUGGUGUACGCAGAAAGUGGUGAGGCUCUUGUCAUAAAUUGUCAGAUGUUGCUUCAUUACAUUCCUGAAGAAACCCUUUUUGGUGUUAUUACUAGUACGAACUCAUCAAAUCCUUACUCUUUCGAGUCUUCUUCUUGCUCUUCCAUGUCUUCCCUUCGAACCAUGUUUCUGAAAUCCCUUAGAAGCUUAGACCCAACAAUUGUUGUCUUAGUAGAUGAAGAUGUUGAUUUAACAUCAAAUAAUUUGGUGUGUAGAUUAAGGUCAGCUUUCAAUUAUCUAUGGAUUCCUUAUGAUACUGUGGACACAUUUCUUCCAAGGGGAAGCAAGCAAAGGCAGUGGUAUGAAGCUGAUAUAUGCUGGAAGAUUGAGAAUGUUAUUGCUCAUGAGGGUCUUCAGAGGGUUGAGAGGUUAGAACCCAAGAACAGGUGGGUUCAGAGGAUGAGAAAUGCAAAUUUUCGAAGCAUUUCUUUCUGUGAAGAUGCAGUUUCUGAAGUUAAGACUAUGCUUGGCGAGCAUGCAGCUGGGUGGGGAUUAAAGAAGGAAGAAGAAGACCUUGUGCUUACUUGGAAAGGACAUAAUGUUGUAUUUGCUACUGCUUGGAUGCCUGCCUAAUUCAUCCCCCUUUUUUUUUUUUUUCAAACAAUUUAUUAUUAACAUCAUCUUUUCUUUUUCAUCAGCCAUAAUUA